CAUCUCUACACCAAUACUACUUUCAAACUACUGCCCUCUUCCUCUUUCUCUCACUCUGCUGAUCUGCACAAACUCUCACCUCCGGUUUCCCUAUGGCAGCCGGCUCAACUUCUCCAAUCAGAUAGCUAGUCGCCGGUCAGCCAAAGAAACAAAGGAAGCGAGGAGUUAAAGGGCCAUUUAGGCUUCGUAUUUGAGGAUAUGUCAAGCGGCAAUGAAAUUGAGCUUGUGAGAAUUUUAGAGCUUCAGCUUAGUGGUAGCAAUGAUUCAGAGGAGCAUACUGGUGUAUCUAAGUCAUGUGACGAGGAGAUCAAUCAAGUGGCAGAGGAUGAGCUGACUUCUGAUUCAAACGCAGAUGUGAACCCGCCACUAAUCCAAAGUGGUUCGCUAGAAGGCGCAAAAGGAGCUUCAUCACUUCAUCAAAUACACACUCCUCGAUCAUUUAGGACUUUACGCUUUUCCGCCAACCUCCAUCUGAUGGCGAUUCUCGGAGGGAUGACUAUUGGGUAUGCCCAAGCUGUAACAGUACUUCUUGGCUUGGUUUCUAUCAUCAACUGUCUUGGCAUUGUCUCCCUGAACUGCAAGAGCUACAAUUGGAGACUUCUCAGCAACAGUGGGAAGAGGUUUCAACAUCAAGAGCAGCUUCUUGACUCCCUCAAAGUCUGGAUCCAAACCUCUGAGGAAAUCGGAUAAUCUGUCUCAUGUUUCUGAUUAUAUGCAACCACAACAGCACAAGGGUUUGGGUUUCUUGGCAAGCAAUUGCACUCAACAAUUGGACAAUACUCUGUGUAAUCGUCCCACAAACCCAUAAUCAGAGUGUAGUAUUGAGCAAUUGUCAUGGUUCCUUGCUUGCAUCUAU